AUGUUACGUCGAGUAAACGAUUCAUCGAAAACCAUUCCUCUUAAACAAGUUAACGUCAGUGCAAAAAUCCACGCAUUUAUUGCUGAUGUAACAAUCACUCAAUUGUUUCAAAAUGAAGAAAAAACAUCGGUUGAAGCUAUCUAUUGCUUUCCAAUUGAAGAAAAUGCCGCCGUAUACUCAUUCGUAGCAAAAAUUGAUGAUCGCGAAAUUGUAGCACAAUUGAAAGAGAAAAAAGAAGCACAGCGAGAGUAUUCAGACGCUCUUAGACAAGGACACGGUGCAUACUUGCUUGAACAAGAUGAAAAGUCACAAGAUUGUUUCAUAAUCAAUGUUGGUGCACUACCAGUUGGAAAACAAUGUGAAAUUAAGAUCAGUUAUGUGUCUGAACUCGAAUUAGUUGAUGAUGGUAAGAAGAUUCGAUUCGUUAUUCCAACAACAAUUGCACCAAGAUACAAUCCAUCAGAAGGGCAAAUCUCAUCGACAGUCGCUGGAACAACAUCACAAUACGUUCAGUCAACUCCUUACACAAUCGAAUUUAGUUGUCAGAUCGACAAAUUAGGACAACAACUGUCACAAGUGUCUUCAUCUUCGCAUUCCAUAAAUGUCGAUUUUUCGCAUAAUGACUUUUAUAAUGUGUCUUUGAGUCAACAAUCGACACACUUAGACCGCGAUAUCAUCUUAGAUAUUGAAUUGUCUCAAAUAAGAUCAAAUACGAUUGUGGCUGUCGAGAAGAAUGCAAUAAUGGCAGUUUUUACUCCAAAUGAAGAAGAUUGUAAGAAAGCUCUUGGUACAGGUGCUGAUCAGUUGAGUACAAAUGAAUUUGUCUUCGUCAUCGACUGUAGUGGUUCAAUGGAAGGUGAUAAAAUUGAUGCAGCUCGACAAGCAAUGUUACUUUUCUUGAAAAGUCUUCCAGUUAAUUGUCGAUUCAAUAUCAUUCGAUUUGGUUCACACUAUCAAUCUCUCUUUGAGAAAAAAGUCACAGCUAUUUAUAAUGAAGAGACGAUGAAUAAAGCACAGAAGAUGAUCAAACUAAUGCAAGCUGAUCUUGGUGAGUAUUAA